UAGCAGUCACCGGCUCCUGCAAGUGCCAGAGCCAGGCGGGCAGCGCAGAGGCUGCGGUGGCCGUGGCCGCGGAGCUGGCCCUGCGGGGCCCCGGGGGGAGGGGGAGCCGCGAAGCCCCCGCUGAGGCCGCCGCUGCCGGGCCUCCCCUCCCCCCCGGGCGCCAUGCGGGGGGGCCCGGGCGAUGCGGAGCGGCGACAGCGCUGGGGUCGCCUCUUCGAGGAGCUGGAUAGUAACAAGGACGGCCGCGUGGACGUGCACGAGUUGCGCCAGGGACUGGCUCGGCUGGGCGGGGGCGACCCGAACCGCGACACCCAACAGGGCAGUUCCCCUGAGGGUGACACUGACCCACACGGUGGGCUGGACCUGGAAGAGUUUAGCCGCUACCUGCAGGAGCGAGAACAGCGCCUGCUCCUUCUGUUCCACAGCCUGGACCGGAAUCAGGAUGGUCAUAUUGACGUGUCUGAGAUCCAGCAAAGUUUCCGAGCUCUGGGUAUUUCCAUCUCUCUGGAGCAAGCAGAGAAAAUUCUGCACAGCAUGGACCGUGACGGCACAAUGACCAUCGACUGGCAGGAGUGGCGCGACCACUUCCUGUUGCAUUCGCUGGAGAAUGUGGAGGAUGUGGUCUAUUUCUGGAAACAUUCGACGGUCUUGGACAUCGGCGAGUGCCUGACUGUUCCUGAUGAGUUUUCAGAGCAGGAGAAGCUAAGCGGCAUGUGGUGGAAGCAGCUGGUGGCGGGUGCGGUGGCAGGUGCUGUGUCGCGGACGGGCACAGCCCCUCUGGACCGCCUCAAGGUCUUCAUGCAGGUCCACGCCUCCAAGACCAACAAGCUGAACAUCCUGGGGGGCCUAAAGAACAUGAUCCGAGAGGGGGGCAUGCGCUCCCUGUGGCGCGGGAAUGGGAUUAACGUGCUUAAGAUCGCACCCGAGUCGGCUAUCAAGUUCAUGGCCUAUGAGCAGAUCAAGCGGGCCAUUCGAGGGCAGCAGGAGUCACUGCACGUGCAAGAGCGCUUUGUGGCCGGCUCCCUAGCUGGCGCCACAGCCCAAACCAUCAUUUACCCCAUGGAGGUGCUGAAGACGCGGCUGACCUUGCGCCGGACGGGCCAGUACAAGGGGCUGCUGGACUGUGCGUGGCGGAUCCUGGAGCGAGAGGGGCCCCGAGCCUUCUACCGAGGCUACCUGCCCAACGUGCUGGGCAUCAUCCCCUACGCAGGCAUCGACCUGGCCGUCUAUGAGACGCUGAAGAACCGAUGGCUCCAGCAGUAUAGCCAUGACUCGGCCGACCCAGGCAUCCUCGUGCUCCUGGCCUGUGGCACCGUCUCCAGCACCUGUGGCCAGAUAGCCAGUUACCCCCUGGCCCUGGUCCGGACCCGCAUGCAGGCCCAAGCCUCCAUCGAGGGCGCCCCCCAGCUCUCCAUGCUGGGUCUGUUCCGUCACAUCCUGUCCCAAGAUGGCGUGUGGGGCCUCUACCGGGGCAUUGCCCCCAACUUCAUGAAGGUUAUCCCGGCUGUGAGCAUCUCCUAUGUGGUCUACGAGAACAUGAAGCAGGCCCUGGGGGUCACGUCCAGAUCCCCAUGCUUCCAGCCCUGGAUCUCCAAGCUCGCCCACUGGAUUCUGGAUACCAAGAAGCCUCAGCCACCGGAUCCCAGAUCCCCUCACCCCAGCUACUGGAUUCCUGAAUUCCUUUGCCUUGACACUGAGUCCCGGAUCCCUCUGCUUUGACUACUGGAUUCCAUACAUUUCAACCACUACACCCUCAACCCCCAACCACCGGAUAUCGGAUUCCCAAGCCCUGACCGGCUGGAUCCUGGCUUCUAAAUCCACGAUGUGAGAGCCCAACGGCAGAGCGCGUGGGUCCCGGCGACUGCAGCUGUUGGGCCCCAACCCCUUCACCACAGGCACUGGAUGCUGAAACCUCACCCAUAGGAAGGAGACCCCGACCCUUCCAAGCACUGGAUCCCAGCCCCUUAGCCCCUGGAUUCUGACCGGAAUCCUCCCAAGGCACUGGGUCCUGAGUGCUCAGACUCUAAGCCUAGAUAGAUCCCAAUAGGCCAAUCACAGCAUCCUGGAUCCCACGCGCCCCCGUCGCAGACACACCCCAGAGCCCAGGGCCCUCCCCCCUCCCUGUGACACAAAGCCCAUGGUCUAAGGAGGCUGCGGGAAGCCCAGGUCCUGGCCUCCUUCUUGGGACUUGUCCAAAGUCCUGACCCAUCUAAACGCUGGCAGCACAGGAAGGAGAGGUCCCUCCCACACCCUAGAAAGAGGCUGGACACCCCCAUCACCUACCCAGCAUGGCUACGCCUCUGGCCCCUGGGGAAACUGCUCCCCCGAAAUGCUCUGCAGUGUCCUCCAUCCCCUUCCCACCUUUAGGCUAACGAUAACCCCCAGUCACUCUUUCUUGGGGGCUGGCAAGGGGGCAGUCUGAGGCUGGGGACACAUUAAGGGGACCCCCCCAAACCCACCCUAGCACUGCCAGCCUCUCCCCAGGCUUCAGGGUUGGGAGCCAGGAGGAAGUCUACCCGGACUAGCCUUCCCUGGAGCCCAGCAUCUGCUUUUGCAAAACGAACAAGCCAAAUCCCCAAACUCAGUCUACGUCUAUUUUUCUACCAGAGAGGAGCAGACAUUCCUUCCCCCUGAAAUAACCCAAGCCCCCCCCCCCAGCACCCCCACUAUCCUGUACAUUCUGCACUUUAUAGUUGGAUUCUGAGCUUAGCAUAACUGGGGACCCCCUCCCUUCACUCCUCCCAAGUCUUUGGGGAACCCCAUUAGAGGACUGCGAAAGAGGAGCUGUGUUGUUUCAGGGGGCUGGAGGACCCCCCCCCCACCUCCCCUUCCCACCUACACCGUGUCUCACCUCCCCGCCUGUGUGUGUUAUUUCCAAGGAAAGAGCAAAAGGAUACACUUUCUAAGCUCUUUCAUUGUGGUUUUUGCUGAAAAGGGGUGGGUGGAUGGGGGACCGCUUCAAACUACCCAGCAGGGGAGGGACAUGGGCCGUCCUCCGUCACACACAGUUCCAGGAGACCAGGAAGUGACUCCCUCUUUAAGCCUCAGUUUCCAUAGCUGUAAAGUGGGGGCAGUGAGAAAUCCACAUUCAUGAGCACUUUGGAUUUUUCCAGUACUCUAAUUACACAAGGGUAUUUGUUUGCCCAGGGCUGUAAAUUACCACCAACUGGGGCCUUAAAAUGGCAAAUGCUUUAGAUUGAAAUAUUUUUUUAUUGUGGUAAAAUACACGUAAAAUUUACCAUCUUAACCAUUUUUUAAAAUAUGUGUUUGUUCUGAGAGAGAGAGAGAGAGAGAGAGAGAGAAUCCCAAGCUGGCUCAGUGCUGUCAGUGGAGAACCGGAUGCACGGCUCGAACUCACAAACCCCAAGAUCAUGACCUGAGCCGAAAUCGAGUCAGAGGCUCAAGUGACUGAGUUGGUGCCCCUCGUCCUAACCAGUUUGAAGUAUACAGCUCAGUCAAGCACAUUACAUGGUUGGGCAGCCACCCCCACAACCCAUCUCCAGAACUUUCCAUCUCCCCAGACUGAGACCCCGUCCCCAUGAAGCACUGACUCCUCACCCCUGGCUCCCACCAUCCCCUCUCUGUUUCUGUGGACAGGGCUCCUCUAGGGACCUCCUGUGAGGGAGGUCAUGAAGUCCUUUUGUGACUGGCUUUUCUCACUGAGCACAAUGUCCUCAGGGUCCAUCCACGAUGUAACAGGUGCCGGGAUGUCCUUCCUUUUUAAGGCCGAACAUUAUUUCGUUGUAUGGAUGGACCACAUCCUGUUUACCCUUCAUCCAGCGAGAGACACUGGGUUGCUUCCACUUUGGGCUAUAUCGUGAAUAAGAAACAACAGGAAUUUAUUGUCUGCCCCGUUCUGAAGUCUAGAAGUCUGAAAUCAGAGGGUCAGGAGGGCCAUGAUCCCUCUGAAGAGACUUUAGGGGAGGAUCCUUCUUGCCUCUUCCAGCUUUUGGCAGUCGCUGGCACUGUUCCUCGGCCUGUAGACUCAGUCCAAUUUCUGCCUGUCUUUAAGUGACCAAACAUGGGGCACCUGGGUGGCUCAAUCGGUUAAGAGUCCAACUUCGGCUCGGAUCGUGAGUUCGAGCCCCGCGUCAGGCUCUGUGCUGACAGCUCACGGCCUGGAGACUGACUGGGAUUCUGUGUCUCCCUCUCUCUCUGGCCCUCCCCCACUUGCACUCUGUCUCUGUCUCUCAAAAAUAAACAUUAAAAAAUUUUAAUUACCAACCUUUUUCCUACGUGGACCAUGAUAGUCACCCUCCAAGAUGUUCCCAGGGUGCCUGGGUGGCUCAGUCAUUUAAGCAUCCAACUUCAGCUCAGGUCAUGAUCUCGCAGUCCAUGAGUUCGAGCCCCGCGUCGGGCUCUGUGCUGACAGCCCAGAGCCUGGAGCCGGCUUCGGAAUCUUUGUCUCCCUCUCUCUCUGCCCCUCCCCCGCUCACGCUCUGUCUUUGUCUCUCAAAAAUGAAUAUACGUUAAAAAAAAAAAAAAGGAAAAACAAAAAACAAGCAAACCAAAAAAACCAAGAUGUUCCCCAAGGAUCUCUUCCUCCUAGAACUCACAUUCUUGGGUAGUCCCCUCUCUCACUGAACCAAGGAGAGUCUGUAUGACCAAGAGGAUCCAAGAGCAGUGAUAGUAUGUUACUACCAAGAAGAGAUUAUAAAAGGCACUGCAGAUACCAUCUUCUCUGUGUUUUAAGCUGCUACAGUUGGGGUACUUUGUCAUGCAGCUGUAGCUAACCGAUACACGUACACAUACACAGACAUGAUUUUCCACACACUCAACUAAGAAAUGAAACCUGGCUGACUAUGUUGUACUUCUACUUCCUUUAAAUUAUGUCCUGAGGAUCAAUGCCCAGAAGCAGGAUCGCUGGGCCAAAGGCUAGGACUAUUCCAGGAUCAUGCCACCAGAAAACUCGUAUGCGAUAGAUGCAGCCACCAACAAGGAAUGAGCAUUACUAGUUUUGCUUCAGUCACACCAGCAUCGAGUAUUACCACUUUGAUUUGAUUGAAUCGGGUCCGUUAACGUCUGUUUUCUCGUUCACGUUCCUGCAUCCCAUUACGCUGGUUGGGGCUUAGGAGGCCCCGCUGAUAUGCAGUGUGACACCAGAAAGACUGCUUUUCUCUUUCUAUGUCUCCCUCAAAAUAAGAGGUGUUUCAACUAACAUCUUUAGAGGGAAAAGAACUUACAUUUAUUGAGCAAGCACUACACGCCAUGGCUGUGUGCUAAGCUCUUGGAUGUGUUAUCUUCUUCACCUAUUCACCAUCUACUUGCCGGACCCUUACUUGGUGCCAGACCCGGUUUUGGACAUGGGACACGGAAGUGAGUGAAACAGACAACCACCAUUGCUCUCGUAGACCCCACAUUCCAGUGGGGAUCGAGAAACAAUAAUAACACGCGUGAGUGAAUAUGUAACCAUGUGGGAAACAAAGGUGCUACAGAUACCAACAAAGGAGGGAAGGGGGAUAUGAAAUCCUACAGGGCAGAGUUUAAAUAGGGUGGUCAGAGGCAGCAUCAGGGAGAAGGAGAUGUUUGCAU